AUGAACCCCGAAACCCCAGCGUCUUCGUUCGACCAGCAACAACGCACAGGAGAAUCCGACCGCUCCUCCGCCUCCCCGACCGCAUCCGGCAUCUCAGAGCUCCGCGAUGGCAUCAGCUCAGCAGAAACCACCCCACCCCCGGCCGGCGAAGAAGGCAUCUUCUCCACCACCACCCCAGCGAAACCACCACCUCCAGGAACCUACUCCAGCCCUCACAAUCGCAACCACAGCCUCAGCCACAACCACCGCUUCAGCGCAAACAGCUUCUCCCGCUCCUUCCAAUCCAUGCCCUCCAGCUCCUUCACCGGCAGUGCACCCACCUUCUCCCCCUCCCGCUCCCAUUUCCGCCAAUCAAGCACAGACACGCGACCCUCCACAGCGGAAACCGGCGGCCUGCUAGACGACGACGAAGCAGGACUCGCGGCCGCCAUUGAGCUGUGCCAUUUCGGCACGCCCCGCAGCGGACCCGUGCCCAUGUCCCCGGAUAUCCCGCCUGUCCCACCGUUGCCUGCGAGGUUCCUGGGGAGCCAGAGCAUGGGCGUAGGUAUGGGAGGGGGGAUGGGGCUCGCUAACAACAACCGUGAUAAUAACAGCAGCAACACCAACCACACCGGCAGCAUCAACAGCAUCAACAGCAUCAACAGCAUCAACAGCAUCAACAGCAACACGCGCAGUUUCGACGCGCUCGCCAGCGCCGCAAGGCACGAAGCCUCCUCGAUACCCACCAUCUACAACCCGCUAAGCCUGCACCCGUCCCUAUCCUACCGCGUCUCUGACGUGCGGGACGUGAAGAUGGAUGACGUGCCGUUGCUGGAUAGCCGGGGCCGACGCCGCAGUGGCAGCAGCAACAAGGCGAUGCUGAAAGCCAAGGCUAAGACUAAUACCAAUCAUAAUGAUGACGAUGAUGAUUUUGCGCAGGAUCGGGAUCGGGAUCGGGGGGGUUCUGGUGUGCCGAUGGAUGAUGACGAUGAUGGUGUUUUUGGGCGGAUGGAGGAGUGAGGAGUGAGAAUGGAACGGAAUGAUAUGAAGUGGAAUGCAGGGAUGGGAAUAUGAGCAAGAGGAAUGGAAAAUGGGAAUGGGAAUCGAGGUGGGAAAGGGGCCUUCUCAGUUUCUUUCUUUUUCUUAUCUCUCUCUCUCUCUCCUCUCCCCCUCUCUCUUUUUGAUAUGAUGAUAUUAUGGCUAGCUAACAACUCCUUUUCUCGUUCCUUACUUUUUUGGUGUGGUUUUUGCUUUUUUUUUUUUUUUUUUUUCCUGCGGUUUUGUUUUUGCUCCCCUUCCCCCUUCCUCCCCUCCCCGGGCC